GCCAUCAAGCAGCAUGAUCGCAGAAACGAAAUACAUUACACCGCUAGUAUCGUGCAAAACUACCAAAAACCCAUCAAAACACGGGGAUAUCAUGAACAAUCCAUCAUUAGCAACCAUCCACCGAUUCAUUUACAAUAAUCUCAGCAGCAGAAAAACCACACACACAUCACAUCACAACCAUUUCGCAUGAACAAUUAGAUCCUUUCCCCCUACGCCCCCCUCUUUUUAUUUCCCAAAAAAUGUCACCCCCCCC